CAUCUGGUGUAGGCACUUGGCUAAAUUUCAAGUUUGAGAAGGAGUGUGUAAGCAGAUCUAGGUAAGUAACUUCAGUGCCUCUCAUGCUCCUAUCACUCUCGCCUCUCAUGGAGCAUGAGUCAAGACUGACUGUAUGGCAACUGUGCAUAUAACACUGAAACCUAAGCACACAAAAACACUGCACCUUCCCCCCUUUUAUGCCCUCCCAUGUUCCCACUUUACAUCUGUUUCAUACAAACCGACUGAUUCAGUCGGACUCAAACAACACUGGUGCCAAAUCUGGAGACCACCAUCGGCCCCUUCAUGAGCUGCCAGUCCUUCCUCCCUAUCUUGCAUCACCGAGCCGAGGCAGAAUGCCUCACCUCGACACCGCGGUCAACUGACUCUCCAGAGAGGUGUGAGGAACAUGAAUUGAGCCUGUCCAUGUUCUGUUUGGAUGACCUGGAGCCUUUAUGUGAACAAUGUGCAGCUGUGAGCCCCGCAGGACACAGGGUUUACCUCCUGACUGAGGCUGCAACUGACUGCAAGGAGGAGCUAAGAACAUCACUAAAUCGAUUGAAGAAGAAGAUGAUGUCCUUUGAGGUAGUCACACAGACCUGCCAACAUGCGUCCAGAUAUAACCAGGCUGAGGCCAAAGUGACAGAAGAGCACAUAAAAAAGGAUUUUGAGAGUCUUCCCCAGUUUCUGAAAGAGGAGGAAGCAGCCAGGCUGAUAAAAUCUUUGGCAGAAAAGAUCCAACUGGUUGAAGAGGAGCUGGAUGCAGGUGGAGAUGGGGUUGGAUUUUUAGAGCACUACCAAGACACGAUGAGUAGCACAUGUCACAAGGAGCAACAAGUUUGCAGACGUCUAAUAGAUGUAGCCAAACACCUGGGUAACCUCCAGUAUACCGAGUGGGAGAAGAUGAAACACAUGGCCCCGCACACUCCGGUGACCCUGGACCCCAGGACAGCUUGUCAGUCUCUGAGGGUGUCUCCUGGGUUAAACAGCGUCCAUAUUACCCCUGGACCCUCACAGGUGCUGGAACACAGUCUGGAUCUUGCUGUCCCUGUCCCAGCUAUUCCAGAACGUUUCCACCCUUGUCCCCGCAUCCUUGCGAGAGAGGGUUUUAAAUCAGGACUGCACUGUUGGGAUAUUGAGGUUGGUGCCACCAACAAUUGGACAAUCGGUGUGGCUGCUCAGUCAGUGUCCAGAAAGGCAGAGUUUGAGGUCCGUCCAGAGGCAGGACUCUGGUGCAUCAGCCUGCGAGAAGGCCAGUACCGAGCCCUGACCGCUCCCCCUCAGACACUUAACUCGCACCAGCUCAGCAGGGUCCGUGUGAGGCUGGACUGGGAUGAAGGGACCCUUGAUUUCAUGAACGCUGAUUCUGAAACAAAUCUUUUCAUGCUUAAACUUCGCUUUACCGAAAAGAUGUACCCAUUCUUUGAAAGCACUUCGUCGUGUGGGGGCUUUGCUGUGUUGGCAAAGUGAGUGAACAUCAGUGUGGAGGCAGAUUAUGUCCCCGUGGAGGACACUGCUAUCACUGCGGAGGAUCAGGUAAUGAAAAGUGAACCUUGCACUCAGGGAGAUAUUAAUGCUUCGUCAACCAAAACCAACAGCAAGAUAUCAGACUGCGAACAUCUGACAGAAUACCAAAAAAAUGCAGAUUUGUUCUACAAGAGAGGAGGAGAAAACAAUACCUCAGAGAUGCACCGCAAAGGAUGAGCUCAUUAAAACAUCCGCUGGAAAGGAAACAACAAAAGACAACAAAAUUGCUGCCAAACAGAACAGGAAGCCAAGGCUCAAUGUGACCUACCAUGUUUCACUGAACAGAGCUCAUCAACAAUGAACGUAAACAUGACAAACAAAUCAUAAUGUUGUGUUUAGUCCUAUGAGCAAAUACUUAGCAUACUACCACACUGAACUAAGAUGGGGAACAUGGUGACGUUUGGCUUAAAGCACUGAAAACAACCGCUGUGCCCAAGUAGCCUAUAGCCGCUAGACUCUAGAGUCUUGUUCUAAUACUAAUAAUUGAUGAGAAUUGGAUUUUGUUUAAAGGAGUGUGAUAUUUGUUGUGUGCUUAUCAGUAUUUAAAUCCUCUGGAAUUGUAUUAUACCCCAACAACAAAGGCUAGUAACGUGAGUUUUACUUGAAAUUGAGAGCUGAGUUUUAGCUCCUUUUCUUCUGUUUUGUUUCUUUUCUUUAGAUGUUGAAUGUAAAACUCUUCAUAUUCUAUUUUGUUCAAAUUCAAUGCAAGAAAAAGAUGAAUUCAAUUUGUUAAAUAAAAAUAAUUUUAGUUCAUUGCAAA